AUGGCCCACAAGCAGAUCUACUACUCAGGCAAGAACUUCAACAAGCUCUGUGACUACCGGCAUGUCAUGUUGCCCAGAGAACUCUCCAAACAAGUACCUAAAACUCAUUUGAUGUCUGAAGAGGAAUGGAGAAGACUUGGUGUUCAGCAGAAUCUAAGCUGGGUUUAUUACAUGAUUCACGAACCACAGCCACAUAUUCUUCUCUUUAGACGACCCCUUGCAAAAGAUCAACAAAAAUAA